UUGCAGCGGACCUGAAUCUCUGGCGGGUGUCCAGUUGGUUCUAGGCUGGAGUUGGGACCGUGGAGAUGAGGAAGGAAACCCCACCCCCCUUGGUGCCCCCGGCGACCCGCGAAUGGAACCUUCCCCCUAAUGCGCCAGCAUGUAUGGAGCGGCAGUUGGAGGCUUCGCGGUACCGGUCCGAUGGGGCACUCCUGCUCGGGGCCUCCAGCUUGAGUGGCCGCUGCUGGGCUGGCUCCCUCUGGCUUUUCAAGGACCCUUGUUCCGCCCCCAACGAAGGUUUCUGCUCCGCUGGAGUCCAGACGGAAGCUGGAGUGGCAGACCUCACUUGGGUGGGGGACAAAGGUAUCCUCGUGGCUUCCGAUUCAGGUGCUGUUGAAUUGUGGGAGCUGGAUGAGAACGAGACACUCAUUGUUAGCAAGUUCUGCAAGUAUGAGCAUGAUGACAUCGUGUCCACAGUUAGUGUCCUGAGCUCUGGAACACAAGCUGUAAGCGGUAGCAAAGACUUCUGCAUCAAAGUUUGGGACCUUGCUCAGCAGAUGGUACUGAACUCAUACCGAGCUCACUCUGGGCAGGUUACCUGUGUUGCUGCCUCUCCCCACAAGGACUCCAUGUUUCUGUCUUGUAGUGAGGACAAUAGAAUUUUACUCUGGGAUACUCGCUGUCCCAAGCCAGCAUCACAGAUGGGCUGUACUGCUUCUGGGUACCUUCCUACCUCACUGGCUUGGCAUCCUCAGCAAAGUGAAGCCUUUGUCUUUGGUGAUGAGAAUGGGACUGUCUCUCUUGUAGACACCAAGAGCACAAGGUGUGCCCUCACCUCAGCUGUGCACUCCCAGUGUGUCACUAGGCUGGUGUUUUCCCCACAUAGUGUUCCCUUCCUGGCCUCUAUCAGUGAAGACUGCUCACUUGUUGUGCUGGACUCAGGCCUUUCUGAAGUGUUUAGAAGCCGAGCCCACAGAGACUUUGUGAGAGAUGCUACUUGGUCCCUGCUCAAUUACUCCCUGCUUACCACGGUGGGCUGGGACCAUCAAGUCAUCCACCAUACUUUGCCCAUAGAACCUGUCUCAGCCCCUGGACCUAACAGUGUUGCCGAGUAGGUUGGAUUUAAGACAAAAAGCAAAUCCUGUAUGAGUAUCUGCUCCCUUUGAGCCUGUCCCUCAGCUUGGAAGACAGCAUAGAGCCUCAUAUAGCAUAUUGGUCACUAGAUCUGUGUGGGUAACAGGCAUCGUCUCUCAGCCUAGGGAGGCUGGAUUCUGGGAUCCUGAAAUCAUAGGAGGAAAAACUUUCUUGAGAAUGCUUAUGUCUGUGUGUCUGAGUGUGUAUGUAGAUAAAUAAUUUUUGGUGGAGGGAGGGGAUUAAAAAAAAUCCAUCC